GGUAUAUUGAAUUGGUAACAUGCUUUAUGUGUUCUAUGUCACAUAUACUCAUGAUAAUGAGCUAUGCGUUGCUCAAUCUUUGUUGUAUUUGGAGUAAUUUUCAGUGUGAUUAGGUUGAGACUCUUUUCAAUGGGGUUUGCAAUGUUAUUCAUUCAGGAAGGUCCUGUUGCUGAAGACAUGUUUCAUUGGCAAGCAACAAUUAUGGGUCCUCCAGAUAGUCCUUAUGCAGGGGGUGUUUUCCUAGUUACUAUCCAUUUUCCUCCAGAUUAUCCAUUUAAGCCUCCCAAGGUUGCAUUCAGGACAAAGGUUUUCCAUCCAAAUAUAAAUAGCAACGGAAGCAUUUGUCUUGAUAUCUUGAAGGAGCAAUGGAGCCCUGCCUUGACCAUUUCCAAGGUGUUGCUAUCAAUCUGCUCAUUAUUGACGGAUCCAAAUCCAGACGAUCCAUUGGUGCCAGAGAUAGCUCAUAUGUACAAGACAGACAGGAAUAAGUACGAGACAACUGCAAGGAGCUGGACCCAGAAAUAUGCCAUGGGCUGACAGGAGUUGUAUUGCGUGUGAGGGAGGGGAGGGCUCUUUUCUUUAAUAUUUUUUCGUCUUUCAAGUUUCUGUAUGAAUGAAUGUUUCUCCUAAAAUGGACUAAAAGAAAGAGGUCCAUCACAUUACGUGCCCUUAGUUAAAAAGAAGAAAAACUCGUGUUGCUUUCAAUUAUUGUAUGGAUAAUUGUGACCUUCGUCAAUGAAAUGUGUACCUGAUUCAGAAUUCUAAAAA